UCGUCACGCCAGCCUCCUUGAACCACGACAAGCAUAACGAGAGAGGGUGAGGCGAGAGCUGUCCUCCGAGGUGGUGGGCAGUCAUGGGCAGGCUGCUCUCCAAGAUCCGGGAGGAGUCGAAGCAGACAUGGAGCCUGGCGGGGCCGGCGAUACUCACGGGGACGUUCCAGUUCUCCAUCGCCACGGUCACGGCCGCCUUCGUCGGCCGCCUGGGCGCCCUUCAGCUUUCCGCGGUCUCCGUCGCUCAGGGCGUCAUCGCUGGCUUCGCCUACGGUGCCAUGCUGGGCAUGGGAAGUGCCUUGGAGACUCUCUGCGGUCAGGCUGUCGGUGCCGGGCAAUUUCAUAUGCUGGGAAUUUACAUGCAGAGAUCGUGGGUCAUCUCAGCGGCAACGGCGAUGGUUCUGACACCACUUUAUGUGUUUGCCACACCCAUCUUGAGGCUAUUGCAUCAGUCCAAAGACAUCUCAGAAGUAGCCGGCAAAUACUGUGGAUGGAUCGUACCUCAGCUAUACGCUUAUGCAGUGAAUUUUCCUCUGCAGAAGUUCUUCCAAUCACAGAGCAAGGUCUGGGUCGUAACGCUAGUUUCCGGGGCAGUUCUCGGCGUCCAUGCCUUGCUGAACUGGGUUUUCGUAUCCAAACUUGGUCAUGGAUUGCUGGGUGCUGCGAUGGUCGAGAACGUCUCAUGGUGGCUCAUAAACUUGGCUCAGAUGAUCUAUCUAUUGGCUGGCUUCUUCCCGGAAUCAUGGAGAGGAUUCUCGCUAUCGGCAUUCCAAAACCUGGGUGCCUUUGGAAAACUUUCGCUUGCGUCGGCUAUAAUGCUGUGUUUGGAGCUCUGGUAUUACACUGCAGUGGUCAUCUUGGUGGGUUGCUUAAAGAAUCCAGAGAUCGCGGUUGGUGCUAUUUCUAUCUGCAUGAACUAUGAAGCAUGGACUUUGAUGGUUGCUCUGGGUUUCAAUGCCGCAGUGAGUGUGCGAGUAUCGAACGAACUCGGAGCGAAUCAUCCGAAAGCAGCAAAGUUCUCUGUAGUCAUCGCCGUUGCCACAUCGGUCUUGAUUGGGAUCUUCUUUACGGCGGUAGUUCUCAUCUUCCGGAAGCGACUGGCGGAGCUGUUCACGGAUGUCCCUGAGUUGAUCAGGGAGACAUCCAAGCUAGGAUAUCUUCUCGGUGCCACGAUUCUUCUGAACAGCAUGCAACCUGUGCUCUCAGGAGUGUCGAUAGGAGCAGGUUGGCAAACCCUGGUUGCCUUCGUGAACACAGCGUGCUAUUACCUUUUCGGAUUGCCUAUCGGUGCUGUUCUUGGAUUCAAGCUUGAGCUCGAUGAACUGGGCAUCUGGACUGGGAUGUUGAUCGGGACGGCGGCGCAGACCGGUGUUCUGCUGCUGAUCACAGCCAGAACUAAAUGGCAGAAAGAGGCCAUGCAGGCAGAAGAGCGAGUGAGGACGUGGGGAGGAGGAGGAAUUGAGCCUCGAGUCCCUACGCAAUGAUGCAGAGACUCCAUACAUGAGGAGGAUCUCUCGAUGAACCGAACCUGGAAGGAUCUGUCUGCUAGAAGAACCAAGGCAUGCAUGCCACAUCGAACUGAGAUGCUGUAAUCGAUCGAGAAGAAGAAAUGUUUAAUAUAUAUUAGAUGUCAAGAAUAAUUCCAACGACAAAUAUGACAUCAUC